AAACGUACUGAACGCAGACCGGGAAAGCCGUGAAAGCACGACAAGCCAAUCAUUAUGGGGCUAAUGCACGCCUCUUUAGCUUAGCUCGGCCAAUCAGAGUGUGAUUCUGAAGGGAGUGCCCCAUCCCCCACUAAACCGCCCUGCCAAGCUGUAGUUUAGGAAGUUAAUGACGUCUCUGCAUUUGCAGGCCGCCGACGCAGGGUUGGGUUUCUAUUUUCACAGCCGGGAUUCGGGGGGAACAACAACAUGGAACCGGAGAUGGAGGACAACACGUUGGAAUUAAUGAGCUCUGUGCCUCGCUCUCUCUGGCUGGGCUGCUCCUCGGUGGCAGAGAGUUUGUGUGCACUCAGGUGCCUGCAGAGCAUCCCCUCUACCCGGGCUCACAACCAGAACACGUCAGUCAUGGAGUCCCAGAACCACGUAGACGACCUCUCCCCAAAGAAAACCACAAUUCUCACCAAGCUUAGUAAUGGUCCUGUAAUGACAGGCUCUCGUAAGCGUCCGUCAGAGGGGAACUGUGACAAGGAGAAGGAGCAGUGCAUCGCCCUGUUUGACCAGUGGUCUGAGACUGACCAGGUGGAGUUUGUAGAACACCUCAUCUCCCAUAUGUGCCACUACCAACACGGCCACAUCAACUCCUACCUCAAACCCAUGCUUCAACGGGACUUCAUCACAGCACUGCCAGCCCAGGGUCUGGACCACAUAGCAGAGAACAUCCUGUCUUUCCUGGACGCACAGUCUCUGUGCUCCGCGGAGCUGGUGUGUAAGGAGUGGCAGAGGGUGAUCUCAGAGGGCAUGCUCUGGAAGAAACUCAUAGAACGCAUGGUGCGCACAGACCCCCUCUGGAAGGGCCUGUCAGAGAGGCACCAGUGGGAGAAGUAUCUGUUCAAGAACCGAACGACAGAAGUCCCGCCCAACUCCUACUACCACUCCCUCUACCCCAAGAUCAUCCAGGACAUAGAGACUAUUGAGGCUAACUGGCGGUGUGGCAGACACAACCUACAGAGGAUCCAGUGUCGGUCAGAGAAUAGUAAAGGAGUCUAUUGCCUCCAGUACGAUGACGAUAAGAUCAUCAGUGGCCUUAGAGACAACUCCAUAAAGAUCUGGGACAAGCAGUCUCUGGAGUGUCUGAAGAUCCUGACAGGUCAUACAGGCUCGGUGCUCUGUCUGCAGUAUGAUGAGAGAGUCAUUGUCACUGGCUCCUCCGACUCCACUGUCAGGGUGUGGGACGUGACGUCAGGUGAAGUACUGAACACUCUGAUCCAUCACAACGAGGCGGUGCUCCACCUGCGCUUCUGCAACGGUCUGAUGGUGACGUGUUCCAAGGAUCGCUCCAUCGCCGUGUGGGACAUGGCCUCGCCCACCGACAUCAGCCUCCGGCGCGUCCUCGUGGGGCACCGAGCCGCCGUCAACGUGGUCGACUUCGACGACAAAUACAUUGUGUCGGCGUCUGGAGACCGCACCAUUAAGGUGUGGAGCACCAGUACGUGUGAGUUUGUGCGCACUCUAAACGGACACAAGCGAGGCAUCGCCUGCCUGCAGUACAGAGACAGACUAGUGGUCAGCGGCUCCUCAGACAACACCAUACGGUUAUGGGAUAUAGAGUGUGGAGCGUGUUUGCGUGUGUUGGAGGGUCAUGAGGAACUGGUCCGCUGCAUUCGCUUCGACAACAAGAGGAUCGUCAGUGGUGCCUACGAUGGUAAGAUCAAGGUGUGGGAUUUGCAAGCUGCUCUGGAUCCACGAGCCCCAGCCAGCACCUUGUGCCUGCGCACACUGGUGGAGCACUCGGGACGUGUGUUCCGGCUGCAGUUUGACGAGUUCCAGAUCAUCAGCAGUUCCCAUGACGACACCAUCCUCAUCUGGGACUUCUUGAAUGUGUCGACCAAUGGCCAGUCAGAGGGCCGGUCCCCCUCACGGACCUACACCUACAUCUCCAGAUAGCAGGUGGUGCCAUCAUACUGCAGCGAGUACUGGAGGAGCUGAUAUCUGAUUGGCUGAUGGAGUGUGUGUUGCAGAGGCGCUCAACUAGUCUUCUUCCUCAUCCUUUUGUCAGUACCCGUUUUCUGACAAGGACUCUCCCACCACACCCCUGAAACCCAUACACACUGCAACGUAUGCACACACACCUGCACGUUCAUGUUCCAUCACUGGCUUAUGUUCCCCAAUCUACAGUAACCCACCAACAGUGGACUAGACAUAUCUUACUCCUUACAUUAGUAAAUCCCUUCAGAAGUCCUACCUUAAGCUCUAGUUCUUCAGUUCCCAACCCUGCCUAGACAUACACGGAUGGAUAGAGAAUGACCUUGGCGCUGCAGAGUGGGAGAGAGAGACUCUUGAACUCAGCUCUGAGAGAAGGUGGAUGAGAGAUGGAGGGAGGAAUAAAGACCCCUCUCACUCCAUCUCUCCUGGUUCUUUCGCUUCUUCUGUCUGGAGUGAAUGCUUGUUUGGGACACACACUCAAGUGUUUGUGUGCGUGUGUGUGGUGUGUGUGUGGAGACUUGGGAAAUGCCGUGAAGAGACUGGGCUUGUUGCCGUGGUUGCUGAGGAUACAGCGUCCUGGCAACACCUUUUUGUUUUUUCUUUUUGACUCUUACAUUCUUACGGUUUGUUUUUUAUUAUUUUGUAAUUUUAUUUGACAACAUUUUGUUCUUAUUAAAAUCAUACUAAGCAUUGUAGUUCUCUAUCUCUGUCAUUCACUGUUCUAUUGUCACUUUUCCUUUCCAUCUCUCUGAUCCUCUGUGCUUGUUAUGAGAGAAUCUGGAACUCUGGGCUCAGUUUAGCUGUAAACUGAGUUGUCUUGUCAAAAAAUGUCUAUAUUAAAAUGAUUUUUUUUU